GUAGUGGAGGGCGAGCGGGAGGUGGUCGGUCAGCAUGCACGUGCACCUUAUCCGAACGAAAAAGAAAGUGACGACUGGAUAACGCCGAUUGGAUAGAAUCGGUCGGACCCUGACACGUCGGACAGCGGUUCUGCGGGUUGUGCGUCAAGCUGCAGCAGGGAGAGAUCGGGAGAGGAGGGGAGGGAGGAGGUGCUGCAUUGGGCGCGAGUCUGCAUAGUUUGGCGGAGAGAGAGAGAGAGAGAGAGAGAGAGAGAGAGAGAGAGAGAGAGAGAGAGAGAGAGAGAGAGAGGCUUUCGUGGCCGUUCGAUCAAUCAUGGAGGCGAUGGCGGCUGGUGGGAUAUGCGCGGCGUCGUACGUGGCAUCAUCCACCACGUCAUCCGCUGCGGCUGUAAAAUUGGCGGGAGAAAAGAAGAGUGGGAUCUCGUUGAACAGUCGGCCCCCACGUGGCUGCUUCGUCUGCCACCGCCGGUCAUCGUCCUUGCCCGUCGUUAGGCUCCCUGCGUCGGGAUCCCGGUCAGGACUCACUCUCUCCCGGCCUCGGAGAUCGAAUGCCACGUGGCAGACGCUUACGUUGCCCACGUGGAGAUCAAAGCGUCUCGAUGUGAGGUCAAUGGCGACCACGGAGGAGGUGGAGGCAGAGAAGGAGCUUGUGGAAACCGAUACGAUGGAAAGAAUGGACAAGGCUCUGGAUUCGCUCCGUGGCAACUUCAACUCUGUGAGAACAGGCCGGGCCAGCCCUGCGCUCCUGGACCGUAUUGAGAUAGAGUAUUAUGGCUCGCUUUGCAGCUUAAAGACCAUCGCACAAAUCAACACUCCUGAUGGAAGCACCUUGAUGAUUACACCCUUUGACAAGGCAAGUUUGCAGAGUAUAGAGAGAGCUCUUUUGCAGUCUGAUCUGGGAUUGACACCGAGCAACGAUGGCACAGUCAUCCGGCUGAACAUUCCACAGCUAACGCAAGACAGACGGAAGGAAUUGUUAAAAACAGUUGCGAAGCUGGCGGAAGAGGCGAAGGAUAUCAUGACGGUCUGAAGAUUGCAUUCUUUGUCGAGUCUUGAGCCGUGACCAGUAUUAUGAUAGAGGACCGUCGGAUGGUGCGAAACCAGCCUUCGAGUCAUAUACUGGAAGGAGAGUGACAGCAAAAACUGCACUCUGCGGCAAUAUUAUGCCUAAAGCUGUGCCCGUAUUCUACAGCAAGCCGUCGAUUAUAUUGUGCAAGGGAGGACGGAAAAACAGAGGGGCAAUACGGCAAAUCCUGCACUGUGAGGGGUGAGCAAUACUGCAAAGAUGCGCACCCUCCACUGUGAGGGGCUGUCUUUACGGCACUGGGGUGAGAAGCGGAGGACAAAUACGUCACAUCGAAUCAGAUUAGGGGGGUCCCAAUUUUAGGGGGGGGUUGAGGGGGUCGAAUUUCCCAACCCGUCUUAAUGCUUGAUGGUAUUAGUUCCUAUGCCUUGUGUCUGUUUAGUAGUCAAAAUAUUUCUGGCAGCUGGUUGGUGGGAAUGAGGAGGAGUUGUGGCCCUUGUGGGCGUAUGCGCUGUGGCAGCUGCUGCCAGGAAUCACUCCUUCGGAGCUGACCGACCAUAAUAAUCAGAUGUGCAACACUAGUUAAAGAUAUCCUUUGCCUUUCUAUUUUAGGAAAAUCUUCUUGGUAGCAAGUAGGUCUCAAUGAAUAGAGAGCAGUGAUGAGCACAGCCUACUUUUCUUUUUGCAUCGCCAAAUCGCUGUUUUUUUUUGUUUUUUUUUCAGUCUCCAAAUUUGAGGUGAUUGUUUAUGAUGAUUCCUCCUAUUUCGGCACGGCUGUCUUUUUUCCCCUCCGAAAUAUAAAUGAGUGAUAAAGAGUCUUAUUUUUA